CGCGGGCCGAUGACGCGCAGGGGGCCCGGCGCUUCCGGUGGCGCGGGCCGGGAGCGGGGCCGGGGCCGCCGCCAUGGGCGCCGCCCGCGACGCGGAGCAGCAGCCGGGGCCGCCGGGCGAGGAGGGCCCGGGCGGCGCCGAGGAGCAGCUGGUCAGCACGAGCCCCUGGAACAUCAUGAUCAAGCACCGGCAGGUGCAGCGGCGCGGGCGGCGCUCCCAGAUGAGCACCAGCUUCACGGACCCGGCCGUGUCCAUGGACCUGCUGCGAGCCGUCCUGCAGCCCAGCAUCAACGAGGAGAUCCAGGGCGUCUUCAACAAGUACAUGAAGUUCUUCCAGAAGGCAGCAAUCAAUGUGCGCGAUAACGUUGGGGAGGAGGUGGACCCGGAGCAGCUCAUCCAGGAGACCUGUCAGAGCUGCCUGGAGCAGGCCAAACUGCUCUUUUCUGAUGGCAAAAAGGUUGUUCCCAGGUUGCCCCAUGAGCAGGCAGGACCAAAGGCUGGCGUUGGUGUUUCCCUGCGCCCUCGUGCUCUCUGCCUCUGGCGCAGUGAAGGCGCAAGCAGCUGGCCAGUGUGCAGGGCCCACACAGCCCUGCUCAUCCUCAUCCUGCGGCCAUUCCUUCUGCAGCGUGGCCGGCAGAUGGAUGAGGAGCUGAGCCGUCGAGGGAGCCCUGUUCCCAAAAAGAGAAAGGGGCGGCCUCCAGGACAGAGCCUGUUGAACGAUCGUGGCGUCUCAGGCAUGGCUGCGUGGAAGCUCAAAGUCUCAGAGCCCGUGAGAAGAGAUGGACCAAAGUGGGAUCCAUCCCGACUGACUGAAACCACAACCUUUGUGCUUGGAUCUCGAGCAAACAAAGCUCUCGGGAUGGGAGGAACAAGAGGGCGACUCUACAUCAAGCAUCCCCACCUCUUUAAGUACGCAGCCGACCCACAGGAUAAGCAGUGGCUGACAGAGCAGCACCACAUGAGGGCCAUUGGGGGCAAGAUGGCCUACCUGCUUGUGGAGGAGGACAUCCGUGACUUGGCAGCCAGCGAUGAUUACAGGGACUCCGUUGACCUGCGGCUGGAGGAGCUGAAGCCCUUCAUCCCGCCUGCAUGGAUGACAGAGAAGAUGCAGAAGCACAUGGAGACGCUUCGCCGCGGGGGGGAUGUGCCGGUCCCUGAGGGUCCGCCCGAGCCCUGAGGGCCCCCAAUAAAGCCGCUUCGCACUCGC